CCGGGCCGCCCGGGGGCCAGGCCGCCGCCGCCGCAGAGCCGCCGCAAGCAGCGAGGUGUGUACAGGUUUCAUCCACCAUGGACUCACCUUGCCCCAAACCUCUGAGUUGAGGCACUGGACUCCCCUUCUGGGGGUGGCAGUUUGUUUAUUUUUGUGAAAAUGAACCUGACGGACAGGCUGCAGCACUGGGCCGACCAAAAGCGCCUAGAUCCUUUCAACACCUCGCUACACCUGCUGCACUCUCUCAGUGGGAAUUCCACCUCUUCCUCUUUCCAGGGGGAUCUCCAGGAGAUCAUCCACACAGCUACACUGGUCACCUGCACCUUUCUGCUGGCCAUCAUCUUCUGCCUGGGGUCCUAUGGCAACCUUAUUGUCUUCUUGUCCUUCUUUGACCCAGCCUUCAGGAAAUUCAGGACUAACUUUGACUUUAUGAUCCUCAACUUGUCCUUCUGCGACCUCUUCAUUUGUGUGGUGACUGCCCCCAUGUUUGCCUUUGUCCUGUUUUUCAACUCUGUGAAUGGUGUUCCUGAUGCUUUCUGCUUCACUUUCCACCUCACCAGCUCUGGCUUCAUCAUCAUGUCUCUCAAGACAGUGGCUGUGAUUGCCCUGCACCGGCUGCGGAUGGUGCUGGGGAAGCAGCCUAACCAAACUGCCUCCUUCCCUUGCACUCUCCUGCUCACCUUGCUCUUGUGGGCCACCAGCUUCACCCUGGCUACCUUGGCCACCCUGAGAACCCGUAAAUCCCGCCUCUGCCUCCCCAUGUCCAGCCUGAUCAGUGGCGAAGGGAAGAUCAUCCUCUACUUGUAUGUGAGUGAUUUCAUUUGCUGUGUAGCUGUGGUCUCCAUCUCCUAUAUCAUGAUAGCCCAGACACUGAGGAGAAAUGCCCAAGUGAGGAAAUGUCCUCCCAUCAUCACAGUAGAUGCCUCCAGACCCCAGCCUUUCAUUGGACCUCCUGCUUCAGAAGGGGUCGAGGGGGUGCAGUGUACUGUGCCUGCUUUGUACAUGAACCAGAACUACAACAAGUUGCAGAAUGUCCAGACCCAUGGAUACAGUAAGAAUCUCAGCCAGCUGCCAGCUCCAGCAGCCGCCAAUUGGAGCAGACUCCAACUGGUGUCUGCAGUCAAUUUGUCCACAGCUAAAGACUCCAAAGCAGUGGUGACAUGUGUGGUCAUUGUCCUCUCUAUCUUAGUUUGCUGUCUCCCCCUAGGGAUCUUUUUAGUGCAGGAUGUGCUGUCCAGUAAUGGUGGUUUCAUCCUCUACCAGUUCGAGUUGUGUGGAUUUACCCUCAUUUUUUUCAAAUCUGGAUUAAAUCCUUUUAUAUAUUCCCGGAACAGUGCUGGACUUAGGAGGAGAGUCCUUUGGUGUCUCCAAUAUUUAGCCCUUGGUUUUUUCUGCUGCAAGCAGAAGACAAGGCUUCGAGCAAUGGGCAAAGGGAGCUUGGAAGUCAACAGAAACAAGUCAUCUCAUCAUGAAACCAAUUCGGCAUACAUGUUGUCUCCAAAACCUCAGAAAAAGUUUGUGGAUCAAGCUUGUGGUCCUAGUCAUUCUAAGGAAAGUGUGUUGAGUCCCAAGGCUUCUGUUGGACAUCAGCACUGCGCACAGAGCAGCUCAACCCCCAUGAAUACCCGCAUUGAACCUUAUUACAGCAUCUAUAACAGCAGCCCUUCCCAGGAAGUGAGCACCCCAAAUAGCUUACAGCCAGUAAAGUCUACUUUUGGAUUUGCCAAAUCCUAUAUUGCCAUGCAUUAUCAUACCACUAAUGACUUGGUGCGAGAUUAUGACAGCACUUCAGCUAAACAGAUUCCUGUCCCCUCUGUUUAACUUGGAGGAUGAUGUCAGAUAAACUUGUCCACACUUCGUCUGGUUCUCUGUCUCCCCUUGUUUGUUUUUGUUUAUGAUUAUUCUAAACUCAAAGGUAUAGUGUUUUAUCUGAUUUUACUAUACAGCUGCCAAUUUAUGAAUUACUAUUAUUGUUAAUAUUCAGUUUUUUAGAGUUGAACUAAGCAGUAGAAUACUGUUUUCAUGAUAUUUUCUUGAAAUUGUAUGAUUUUCCAUUAAUAAAAAGGGCACCUUUUAAAUUUGUACUUGGAAUAGUGAUAUUAGGGUGGUUUUGUUACUAAAUUUUAUGCUGAACACUGUAAGUGUUGAAAGUGUAGGUUUAAUUACAUCAUGUGGCAAAGUAUGUAAAGAAAACAGACUUUGUCAACAUUAUGGUUUGUUAUAUAUUUGCUGUAUUUUUAGGAACAUAGAAAACCAUGUUUCCAGUGAGUUAGGUGGAUGCUUAAGGAUUUAUCUUGAUAAUUUAAGUAUAAAGUUUGUUUUAUUGCAGGAGUUGAAAGCAUGAAUUAUAUUCCUAUAACAAGUGCCAGACUGAGUAAAUUUUUCUGUGGUUCUAACGUGAAAUCCUGGCUCUACUGAAGUCAAUGGAAAGUUCUCACUGACUUCAGUGGGACCAGGAUUUCACUCCUGGUUAGUUAUAAAUGGCAGUAUAUCACUACCUAUUAGGGAUGAUCCUUGCAAAAGGCAUUGUGCCUUGUUAUAUGGUAAUCUUAAUUUUUGUUACACCUUUAUUGUAGGCACUGGUGUCAUAAAAUACCAUUUUAGUGGUAUAUGGAGAAAUUAUUUUCAACCGAUAAAAGUUAACUUGCAAUGCCUAAAUGAUAAGUUUCACUUGAGGAUACAAAUGACUAUUGCAGUAUCACAGUGCUGGCAUUUAUUGCUAAUGCAAUAGCCUAUGUAAUUUUCUACUUUACAAACUGUUACUUGAGGAGCAGUGUUGUUGUUUGGCUUUUUGUCUAUGACUUUAUAUGUAUUUGGCAGAUUAAAAUCUGACAUUGCCAUCAAAUGUGGGUAGAAAUUACUAAUAUCUGGAAGAAACAGAAUUACCAAAUAAUCAUAAUAUUACUACUUUUUCAGAUUUUCUUAUCUACUAAAACAUUUUAAAACAGUCUAGUGAUGCAUUAUUUACCUUGAAGUCAGAUUAUUUGUUUACUUCUGCAUUUUAUCUAUAGCCCUACAUAAGCAACAAAAUAUAGAAAUUAAAUAUUUUUAUAAUGCUGAUCAUUAGUUUUAUUGUAUUAUGUGUUGUGGAAAUCCCUAUUGAAACAGAACAGUUUUAGUUUUAAAAUAAAGUUUUUACUAUUUAAUCUGCAGCCAAAAUUUUCAGAUUGGUGUUCUUAAUGUCAAUCACUUAAAUAAGUGGUCUGUAUUUCAAAAGUGCUGAACCCUCUGAACUCCUAUAGCCUUCAGCAGGAGCUCAGGAGCUCUGAAAUAAUUAAACCACUUACAAGUUUAGGUGCCUCAUUUUAGCCACCCAAGUCUGAAAAAGUUGGCGUCUUUAAUUAACAGAAUUACGUUGUUCAGUUCCAGGGAAAUGAUUUAUUAUUUAGAAAUAGAAAAACAUCCUUUCAUAGUAAUGUGAAUUGUUUUAGCUGGCUUUUUUCGAAACUAAACUAUUUUACACUUUUUCCUUUGAAGAAUGUCACUUUAAUGAACAAUUUUCUUAGUUUGAAGAAAAUAAAGUGUAAUAAUCAGUAAUUUAAACAUGACAUAAUUUCUUGCAGUAAGCAAUCUAAAGAAAUGUAAAGUUGAAAUAAUUUCAGUGGUUCUUUUCUCCCUACCCAGAUAUUUUUCUCUGUGAAUGAAUAACAUGGUCCUCGCUAAAGUGAUGAUAAAAUAUAACUAACUAAAAUGUC